UACUAAAGCCACUGUCCCUUGCAACACCAGCUGCAGAGGAGUCUCUGGGGAACUUGCAAGCUGGAGCAGUAAGAGCUGCCCAAGCCUCAUGUGUCUCUCAGCACAUCAGCUUCAGUGGGAACCUGUACCAUGGCUUUUCUCUCCAAGUAUCUUCUCUUGAUGUUCCUGGUCUUUAGCUGGCCAGGUCUGGAGAAUCCCAGUGUGUUAGCAGUGCGGAUCAGAGAACACUACAUAGCAGCUCACGUUGCCAGUUGGAACUACAGUUCACUCCCUAAGGAUCCAGCCAGAUUGUCAGAUUCAGAACCCCUGUUUAAGAAAAUUAUCUACACAGAAUAUGAAGCAGAUUUUAAAAAAGAAAAACCAAGAAGUGACCUGUCAGGACUUAUGGGGCCAACACUGCGUGCUGAAGUGGGAGACACGCUCAUCAUUCAUUUUAAGAACCUGGCUGACAAAUCACUGAGCAUUCACCCGCAAAGCACAGCAUACCACAAACAGUCAGAGGGUUCAUCAUAUUUUGAUAGAACAUCACCAAAAGAAAGAGUGGAUGAUGGCGUCCCUCCUGGUCAGAUGUACAAGUACAUAUGGGAGGUCACUGCAAAAACUGGACCUAGAGAGGCCGAUCCUCCCUGUCUCACGUAUACCUACUACUCACAUGUAAACAUGGUGCAAGACUUUAAUUCUGGCCUUAUUGGUGCCCUGCUGAUAUGUAAAGAAGGGAGUUUGAAUGAAGAUGGGACACAGAAGCAAUUUGACAAGGAAUAUGUGCUGAUAUUUGCUGUGUUUGAUGAAAGCAAAAGCUGGCACAGAACAACUUCCCUCAUGUAUACAAUUAAUGGCUAUGCAAAUGGAACACUACCAGAGGUACAGGCCUGCGCUUAUGAUCGCAUUAGCUGGCAUUUGAUUGGGAUGAGUUCUGGACCUGAGAUCUUCUCCAUCCAUUUCAAUGGGCAAACCUUGGAGCAAAAUCAGUACAAAGUGUCAACUGUCAAUCUUGUUGGAGGUGCAUCAGCAACAGCUAACAUGUCUGUCAGCAAGACAGGGAGAUGGCUGAUAUCAUCUCUUGUUGCAAAGCAUUUGCAAGCUGGAAUGCAUGGCUAUCUCAACAUAGAAGACUGUGGAAAUCCAGAUACUUUAACAAAGAAGUUAUCUUUUAAAGAACUGAGGAUGAUUAAAGACUGGGACUAUUUCAUUGCUGCAGAAGAAAUUGUUUGGGAUUAUGCUCCAGAAAUUCCUGACAACAUUGAUAGGAAAUACAAAGCUCAGUAUCUGGAAAAUUUUUCAAAUCUCAUUGGCAAGAAGUAUAUAAAAGCUGUCUUCACACAAUAUAAAGAUGCCACCUUCAGCAAACGCACUGACAAUGUUUGGUUCAAAGAACGUGGAAUUCUGGGCCCUGUCAUCAGAGCUCAGGUCAGGGAUAAAAUAAAAAUUGUAUUCAAAAAUAUGGCCAGUCGUCCCUACAGUAUUUAUGUGCAUGGAGUGACACUUUCAAAAGAAGCAGAAGGAGCCAUUUAUCCUUCAGAUUCCAAAGAAAACGUUACUCAGGGUAAAGCUGUCCAACCAGGAGAAACCUACACCUAUAAGUGGACUGUACUUGACACAGAUGAACCCACAGCAAAGGAUGCUCAGUGUGUCACCAGAUUAUAUCACAGUGCUGUGGAUAUGACAAGAGAUAUUGCAUCAGGACUGAUUGGACCACUUCUGAUUUGUAAACGCAAAGCUCUUGACCAGAAAGGAAUACAGAAUAAGGCUGAUGUGGAGCAGCAUGCGGUCUUUGCUGUGUUUGAUGAAAACAAGAGCUGGUACUUAGAGGACAAUAUUAAGGAGCACUGCAGCAAUCCAUCCACUGUUAAGAGAGAUGAUCCAAAAUUCUACAAGUCUAAUGUUAUGCACACCCUUAAUGGUUAUGCAGCUGAUAGAAAACAUAUCCUGGGGUUUUGUCAGUCUGAGACUGUUGGAUGGCACCUCAUCAGCGUAGGCACACAAGAUGAGAUAGUGCCUGUACAUCUUUCUGGUCACUCUUUCCUGAGCAGAGGAAGGGAUCAAGAUAUUUUAAAUCUUUUCCCCAUGAGUGGUGAAUCGGCUACUGUAACAAUGGACAAUGUGGGAACGUGGCUUCUGUCAUCAUGGGGCUCCCGGGAAAUGAACAGUGGCAUGAGACUAAGGUUUAGAGAUGCCAAAUGUGACAACGAUGAUGAUGAUUAUGUAUCAGAAACUGAAAACUACUUUGGUGAGGAAGAUGAUGUUGAUGCAAAUGUGGUCAGUUUUCCCCUUGAAAAAACAAAACAAGAAAAAGAGAAAGAAAACAGAGGUGCAGUAGUAGAUGAAGAUGAAGAUGAAGAACAACUCAAGUUAGCUGAAAUGCUGGGACUUCGAACAUUUAAAGGGACAGUUGCUGAGAAAGAAGACCUGAAUCUCACUGCUCUUGCUAUGCAAGAAGAUGAAGACAACAUGACUUCUAUGAAUGGUGGUGGUCAUCAUGGUCGUAGUGGUGAGGAUGCUAAUGCUGAUUAUGAUUAUGAUGAUGAUGAUAAUGAAGAAGAUGAUACUGAUAAUAUAGAUGAUCAUGAUGAUGUAUCUGGGAACUCACAUCUGGUGUUCACAGACAGCAGUGAUCAUUUGCAUGGUGAUGAAUUGCAGGAAACUCAAAGUACAACUUCUUAUUCAACUUCACUUGAGUCCUUCCACCCAACUGAUGCAUCUUUGGCAAGGAUUCCUUUUUCAGAUAUCAGGGUGGAGCGUAGCACUUUGCCAUUUGAACAAGGCCGACACAGUCAUGAAAAGAAUGCUAUUCAGGUGCCAGGAAGUUACAGCCAAACAACUGAGCCUGGUCAUUUGAGAACAAUUGAAGAGGUCCAGAGGAAAGAUGGAGCAAAAUUAUUAGUUAGCCCCAAUACCCCCUUUUCAGAGAAAGAAGAAGAAGAAAAUGUGUCUGGAAGAGAUACUUCAGGAGGAAAGCGUACAAAGCCCACUCUGACAGAGGCCACCUUGUUUGCCCUUAAAGAGAUGCAAGCCUUACUCUUUCAUGUAAAACAAAAGAGAAAUCUUUCUUCUUUGGACAACACCACUUCAGAUGUUGCAUUUCUUACCACUCCUACUACAGUAAAUAUGUCCAGCUCAUACAUGUUAGAAACUGAUCACCUUUCACAUGAUUAUGAUGAGACUGCGGAAGAUGCAAAUAUUGAGCCUCUUGUGGUCUUAACUAAUUUAACUUUGGCUGUGGAAGAGUCAGUGGAAAACAGUACUUCCAAACCACAACAUGCUUCUUCUGAACUAAAGUUCUUGAAAGAAAAGAGAAAUAUUUCUACUCUAAACCUCACCACUUUAGAUAGUCCAUUUAUUGCCAUUCCAGCUACUACAAAUGCUUCCAGUCUAGGUAAGACAGAAACUGAUAAUUUUUCACAUGACUAUGAUGAGGAUGAAGAAGAAGAAGCAAAUACUGAAUCUCCCAUACUUCCAACUGAUCUAAAUUUGGCUGUGGGAAAGUCAGAGGAAAUCACUGUGUCAGGACCACAUCAUGUUUCUUCUGAACCAAAGUUCUCAGAAGUUCAGAACUCUGGCAAUUUGACUUUGGAUAAUAUGUUAGGCCACUUAGUUGCUACUCCCAUUCCAAAAACUGUCAAGAGUUUGAAAGACUCACUCCAUUAUCAAGGACAAAUGUAUCCUCCUAAAAAGAUGGAGAACACUUGGAAUGUUAUCUCUGAAAAGCAAAGUUAUGAUGCACAAGCAGCUCUUGCUAAGGAUGUUGAUAACGAAUUACAGAACAGCUCCAGAAAUGCCACAGAAUAUCCAGAAAAAAUGACAUUCAUUAAUAAGAAAAAUAAGGAGGCACAUAAAGCAAAUUCCCUGCUUGAAUUCAGCCAAGCAGAAACAGGCAAUAAACAUGAAGUGCUGAAUGAAGAGAGAAGUGAAAACUUCACUGUCAAUACAUCUGGAACUUUCAUAAAGAUCCGCCGAAAGAAAAAAAAUGCAAGUAUCUUAACACCAAGAACAUCCAAGCCUCUAGGGACACAUGGAGGCCUCAACAACAGCCAAGCUUCCAUUACAGCCAAUUAUACAUCAUUGCUAAAUGAGACCAGUUACACCAGAACUCAAAAACAGAGUAAACCCAUUGUUACAAUAGGUCUCCCAGUUGAAAAUGGAGACUAUCAGGAAUAUAUCAUAGACAGCACAGAUGAUGAAGAAAGUAGCAGUGGUUCUUUUGAAUAUCAAAUGGUACACUAUGACAAUCCAUAUACCACUGAUUCCAGAUUGGACAGUAGUACUGCACGUAACCCCGAUGAUAUAGCUGGACGUUACCUACGUGCUCUCAACAAAGGAGGAAACUUAAGGCGAUAUUACAUUGCAGCUGAAGAGGUUUUCUGGGACUACGCAGCAAGGCAAAAAAGUACAGUGAGAAGUGGCCAAACCAAGACCGUGUACAGAAAAGUGAUUUUCCGAAGUUAUCAGGAUGACACUUUCAGGAUACCUAGUACUGGAGGGGAAUAUGAAGAGCACCUUGGCAUCCUUGGACCUGUCAUUAGAGCAGAGGUUGAUGAUGUCAUCCAGGUUCAGUUUAAAAAUAUGGCAACCAGAUCAUAUUCUCUUCAUGCCCAUGGACUUUACUAUGAGAAAUCAUCUGAAGGCAGAAGUUAUGAUGAUCAUUCUCCAGAAUGGUUCAAAACAGAUGAUGCAAUCAGGCCAAAUGAAACCUAUACAUAUGUAUGGCAUGCAAACAAACGGUCAGGUCCUGCAGAAGAUCAGAGAGUAUGUAAAUCCUGGGCAUAUUACUCUGCUGUAAACCCGGAGAAAGAUAUUCACUCAGGCUUGAUUGGGCCAAUCUUGAUCUGUCAAAAAGGAAUGCUUGAUGAGUACAACAGGCCAAAAGACAUGCGGGAGUUUGUCCUCUCCUUUAUGGUCUUUGAUGAAGAGAAAAGCUGGUACUUCGAUAAAUAUGGCAAAAGGACUCAGGCUGAGAGACCCUCUGGAGCCAAACAGAGACAUGUCUUUCCUGGCAUAAAUGGGAUCUCUUAUCAACUGCAGGGAUUGCGAAUGUAUAUGGGUGAAGAGGUCCACUGGCAUUUGCUAAACAUGGGAGGCCCCAAAGACAUUCAUGUAAUUCACUUUCAUGGUCAAACGUUCAUGGAGCAAGGAAUGGAAGAUCAUCAGCUUGGUGUCUACCCUCUUCUUCCUGGUACAUUUACUACUGUUGAAAUGACGCCAUCAAGAGCUGGCAAAUGGCUUUUAGAAACAGAAGUUGGUGAAUAUCAGGAAGCAGGAAUGCAAGCCCUUUUUUCCAUUAUAGAUAAAGAGUGUAAGUUACCUAUGGGUCUGGAAAGUGGCAUUAUACAAGAUUCGCAAAUCAGUGCUUCCGGUCACACAGGUUACUGGGAGCCUAAACUAGCAAGAUUAAACAACGCUGGAAAGUACAAUGCUUGGAGCAUUGAGAAGAAGAAAAAUGAACACCCUUGGAUUCAGGUGAACCUACAAAAGCAGGUUAUAAUCACAGGCAUUCAGACUCAGGGAGCCAUGCAGUUACUGAAACACAUGUAUACAACAGAAUAUUUUAUUACUUACAGUAAGGAUGGCAGAAAGUGGACUGCUUUUAAAGGAGACCACAGAGGGACACAGAAGCUUUUUGAAGGCAAUUCAGAUGCACAUGGAAUAAAGGAAAAUCGUCUUGAUCCUCCUAUUGUUGCUAGCUAUGUUAGGAUUUAUCCAAACAAGUUCUACAACAGACCAACCCUUCGUAUGGAACUUUUUGGUUGUGAAACAGAAGACUGUUCUAUGGCCUUGGGAAUGGAAAAUGGAGCUAUUGAGAAUGCACAGAUUACAGCCUCUUCUUAUAAGAAGACUUGGUGGAGUUCAUGGGAGCCAUCUCUUGCCCGUCUCAAUCUAAAAGGGAGGACAAAUGCCUGGCAAGCAAAGUCAAACAACAACCAGCAGUGGCUACAGAUUGAUCUCCUUCAGCCGAAGAAGAUAACAGGCAUCAUAACCCAAGGGGCAAGAUCAAUGACUACCGAAAUGUAUGUGAAAACAUUUUCCAUCCUUUACAGUAAUGAUGAUUCAACAUGGAAUUCUUAUGUGGAUGAUUCAACUUCUACAGCAAAGGUGUUCACUGGAAACAUUAACAGCGUUGGACAAGUCAAGCACUAUUUUGAGCCACCCAUAUUUUCCCGGUUUAUUCGUGUUGUUCCCAAAACAUGGAAUCAGAGUAUUGCACUUCGGAUAGAACUCUUUGGUUGUGAUGAUUUCUAAGGACUGGUCGCCAGCAUAUCAAGAAGCCCCAAACUUUAAGAAGGACUCUCUCUGUUUUAAAAGGAAGGGGACCCAGACCAAAAUAAAGUGGGGCUUAUCAUGAAUAUAUUUUGCAUAUUCAUUUUGCACUUUCAGCUGUUGAUUUCAAACAACUUUGAAAAUGUAAUUAAAAGACAAAUCAGAGCAAUUUAUGAUUAUUAAAUAGACAAAGAAGCAAUUGUAUUUAUCAUUUUAAUCCUGAAUAUAUAUAUUUUUAAACGUUAA